AUGGAUUUAAAAUGUGAAAUAGAAAAUGAAAUAGAGGAUAACAAACACAAAAAUGAAAACCAAAUACAUUCUUAUAUUAUAGAAAAAGAGAAGAUAACUAAGAAUACUCAAUCUGAAUGGAGUGGUAAUAAAUUUCAGGAUACAAUUGAUGAAAAUAAAAAUAAUAAAAUAAAUUCAAGUGAGCAAGAAUUGGAAAAUUAUAAAGAAUCCUCUAAUAUUGAUAAUACUUCAGAAAAUAAACACAACAUCAUAGAAUAUUCUGAUAACACUCAAACAAAUUGCAUACAACAUCCAAAUGAUAUACUGGAUAGUAUUCAAAAUGAUUAUCCCUCAAAUGAAGAAGCUCAAAUAAACCAAAACAAUAAAGAGGUGAAUACUUCCGAAAUUGAAAAGGGAGACAAAUUUGAGGAUGAGAGUUUUUUUAGCAACUUUUCAGAUUUUCAAAAAGCCGAAGAAAAAAAUGUGCAGAAAAAAAACACACUAAUAGAUAUAUACAAUGAAAUGAAAAAUUACGAAGAAGACUUUUUAAGCGCUUUUGAAAAAUUGUAUAAAAAAAAUAUAGAAAAUAUAUCUUUUAUGGAAAAAGAAAAGGAAAACAAAGCAGAAUCCGAUAUUGAUCUUAUAUCUAUAGAUUCCAUUUCCGCAUUUUUAAAUGAUGAAAAUGUUCAUAAUUUUAAUCCUAUACCCCUUGAGCAUUAUAUUAGCCAAAACAUAAAUUAUUUUGUUCAAGAACAAACGAGAUUAAAUAAAAAAAUUAAAUUAAACAAAAGUUAUUUUAAUAAUAAAAAUUAUUACAACACCUUUCCUUCAAACCCUAAACAAAGAAUAUUUAAGGAAUAUAAAAAAACAAUAUGGAAAUAA